CAUUCGAUCGAAAACAAUCACGCCACUAUAAGACUGGUUACUGGCCUUGUUCACAUAGAUCAGCUGUUCAAGGAUAAGAAAGAUCAAACAGUAUUAAUAAGUUCAGUUAAUAGUUAGUGUUCUUAAACAAUAAAAUAACGGUCAUUUCAGUCUAUGAAAGUUAAGGUAUAGGAGACAUAAUUUUUUAACAACCUAAACAAUGGCCCCAAGGAACGCUGCAGAAAAUCCAGACUACGAAGGUGAUAGAUUGGGUCUUGAUCAAGUGGAAGCACUUAUUGCAGAGCCCAAUCUUAGUCCCAAACGUCCACCUAUGGUCAUUGUUUGGCGCAAUGUGGUGCUUUUUAUUUUUCUUCACUUAGCUGCACUAUAUUCCUUAUUACUGAUUCCAAAAGCGAUGUACCAAACACUCCUAUGGACUGCAGUCAUGUAUUACCUAGCUGCUAUGGGAAUUACAGCAGGAGCCCACCGUCUAUGGUCACAUAGGUCAUACAAGGCAACACUACCAUUACGGAUAUUUUUGGCAUUCUGCAAUUGUAUAUCCUUUCAGAAUUCCAUUUAUGAAUGGGCUCGUGAUCAUCGUGCUCAUCACAAGUUCUCAGAGACUGAUGCUGAUCCUCAUAAUGCUAAAAGAGGAUUUUUCUUCGCCCACAUGGGUUGGCUGCUCGUGAAGAAACAUCCAGAUGUGAAAGAAAAGGGGAAAAUGAUCGAUCUUUCAGAUCUCAAAAAUGAUAAAAUUGUUGCAUUUCAAGAUACGCACUACAAGAAGCUAGUUUUGUUUUGUUGCUUCAUCCUGCCAACAGUUGUUCCAGUUUAUGGUUGGGGUGAAAGUGCUUUCAAUGCUUUCUAUAUUGCUGCUAUUUUGCGCUACACGUUAGUAUUGAAUGCAACUUGGUUGGUCAACAGCGCUGCCCAUAUGUGGGGUCAGAGGCCUUAUGAUGAACGCAUCAACCCUGCUGAAAACAUGGGUGUUGCUUUCUGUGCCACUGGUGAAGGGUUCCAUAAUUAUCACCAUGUGUUUCCUCAUGACUAUUCUACUAGUGAGUUUGGCUGGCAUUUUAAUCUUACUACCAUGUUUAUUGACACAAUGUAUUUUCUUGGCCAAGCUUAUGAUAGGCGUAAGAUACCCAUGGAUGUCAUCUUGAAACGUAAACUUAGAACCGGAGACGGCUCUAAAUGUUCAUCAAACCCUCUCAGUUAAAAAGUCAUUUUAAAGCCUUUUGGCUAAUUUUUAAAAAUCUUGAUAUUAAAAGCUUAUCAGGAAAACAGUAAACUUGUCUGUCCCUGUUUCCUAAGUAUUGUCCAGUUGGUCCACAAUUUUAUGUAGGGUUAAGAUUCAAAUUUCAAAUAGUCUUUGAAUAUUCCCCUUCAAUUCCGAACAAUACAAUAAACCAUGGACUCAUUUUAUUAAACAUUUAUUUGUCAGUUUUAAGUACUAGUUUUGUUUGUUAUUUGGAGGAUAGAGGGGGGGGGGGAUUUGGAGAAAGAAGGGGGGGGGGGGAGGAAGAAGGUUAAGUCAGCUAUGCCAAUGUUUAACAUUUUUUUUUUAAAUAGCUGUGAGUGUCUAAAGAAUUAAAACAGGCAAAAUUUU